GAGAUUAAAGGCAGCUUUAACCCAUCAUCCUGGAACUAUAUCUAAUGGGAAUAUGAACUCAAUGGGACAUAUGAUGGACAUGAUGAACUCCCGACAGGAACAAACACCACAUCAUCAUAUGCACUCACACCCACAUCAGCAUCAGAACUUGUCACAGCAUCAUCCGUACCCUCAUCAGCAGCACCAGCACCCCACACAUCAUCCACACUCCCAGCCCCAUCACCAACAAGGUCAUCCUCACCACCAUUCCCAUUCACAUCUGCACCCACAUCCAUCCCACCAUCAGACGUCACCACAUCCUCCCCUGCACAGUGGUGGACAAGCACAGCUCUCACCAGCAGCACAGCAAAUGCAGCCCACUCAGACAAUACAGCCCCCUCAGCCCACGGGAGGCCGACGCAGGCGGGUGGUGGACGAGGAUCCAGACGAGAGGCGGCGAAAGUUUCUGGAAAGGAACCGAGCAGCUGCCACGCGGUGCAGACAGAAAAGGAAGGUCUGGGUGAUGUCACUGGAAAAGAAAGCAGAGGAACUCACCCAGACAAACAUGCAGCUUCAGAAUGAGGUUUCCAUGUUGAAAAAUGAGGUAGCACAACUAAAACAGCUUUUGCUUACACAUAAAGAUUGUCCAAUAACUGCCAUGCAAAAAGAGUCGCAAGGAUACUUAAGUCCUGAAAACAGCCCGCCUGAGAGUCCGGUUCCAGCCUGCUCCCAGCAGCAAGUCAUUCAGCAUAACACCAUCACAACAUCCUCUUCCAUCAGUGAUGUGGUUGGGAGUUCCUCUCUCAACCCUCUUGCCAACCACAGAACAGACCUAAACCCAAUUCUCUGA